UCCUCAGCUCCCAACACUGAGGGGUGCGGAAGUUCCAGGUCAGGCUGGGCAGCAGCUAGUGCUUAGCUGUACAUCUUCAGGUGGCCAUCCACAGCCUCAACUUACCUGGUACAAUGGAACGAAGGCAUUUACGGAGCAAGACGUUAAUUUUGAAGAACAUGAAAGUCAAGUACAGCUUGACCUUACUAUCCGGCGUCUGACCAAAUGGGAUAACGGUAUGAAUCUGACCUGCAGAGCCAGCCAGCCAUUUCCGGAGAUCACUUCAGCUCAGGAAUCCUGGACGAUUUUGCGAGUGCAUUAUCCCCCAAGUGUGGCUGUUCCCAUUGCAUCUGUUCACGUCAUCGAGGGUGACUCAGCAGAUCUGACCUGCCUGGUGGACAGCAAUCCUCCUGCAACUAUCAGCUGGACAAGACCUGGCCGCCCUGCAUUACUCAGUGGCAAUAUCGGGCAGAAAACGUUUCGAAUUCCCAGUACAUCUCGUCAGGAUGCAGGAACUUACCAAUGCACGGCAGACAAUGGUGUAGCUCCCUUAGGAAUGGGGACUGUGACAUUAGAGGUUUUGUACCCACCGCUGAUUGACCCCUCCAUGGACGACAAGGUGACCGCCCUUUCAGAGGAUGAUGACUUCUCCCUGAACUGUCUGGUGGACGGAAAUCCAAAACCGAAAGUAACAUGGCGGCGGAAGAAUACAAAGUUGUACUGGAAAAACCCUCUCCGGUUCCACCGUGUGCGCUAUGAUGUAGAUGGAAUGUAUCAGUGCGUAGCAACAAGUGAUGGAUUUCUUGAGAAGACAAAGGAUGUUUUCAUCGAUGUUGUGGGAAAACCCUAUAUGGAAGAAGAAGGCGACACAGCGAUGGUAUCUGCCGAUACCGGGGAAACAGUGCGACUUGCUUGUACUGUUGCAGCUGACCCUUUGCCAUCUCGUGUCCAGUGGAUAUGGCGAAAUAAUUACGGGUUGGAAACCGAGCUAGAUAGUGCUGAUUUCCAUAUUGUCACAACCAGACGGAACCAGGAAAUGACGUCGUCACUGACCAUAAAGAAUGUGGCUGUGAAGGAUGGUGGAAGCUACAUCUGCCAGACAACCAACAUGUUCGGGACUGUCAAGCGAAACAUAAACUUGGAGAUCAAAGAAUCCAUUCCAAAGACUGUCAUGAUCCCAGCUAUCACUGGUGGAGUGGUUCUUCUGUUGACAGUCGCUGUGGUGGUUAUUAUAAUCAUUUGCAAGAGGAAGGGCUGGAUAUGCAAGUCUUAUCAAGAUGAAUUCUUUGACUUGUCCGCCUCCCGCCCGAUGCCCCCUGUACCGAAGUACGUGUACAAGACCGGCACCAUUGACUCCGGUGUGGAGGACCUGGAGCUACAGGAGAUGUACGGUACACUCAAGCCUCGGCCUCCGCCACGGAUGGAGAAGAAGUGGGAGUCGGUUGGACUUUCUUACUCAGGCCUGGUUCACUCGACAUCCCUUCCACCGUAUUCCGAUGGGGACCAGUAG